CGAGUCCCUGAGCCAGCUGUCAGUCAAAUCUGGCAAGGAGAUGGGCCCAAAACAUUCUAACUAACACAAAAUUUGCCGUGCUCGCCGUCCAAGCCGCUUAAGUUUAAAUUAAACACUCAACUAGACAACAAAGCCAUUAAAACAAAGCCUUAAAAAAUAGCCUCAAAGAAAUAUGUAUUAGAAGUGAAGUUUAAAGAACAAAAAAAAAACGGCGAAAAAGGAUUCAGGAGCUGGAGGUGGAUGAGGAAGGGGAAGAGGAGCCACAGUGAAAUAUGCUUCUGAUGGACGCCCUCUUUAACAGUCUGCUGGUGGUGAGCUCCGGCUAUGCCAUGUACACCCUGCGCCCCCUGGAGACGCCCUACGGAUAUGCCGCCGCCGCCCUCAGUCUGGUCCAUGGGCUGUUGGGCGUGGCCCGAGCCGCCAGCAACGACGAUGACGAGUGCAAUCGAUUGCGUUUAAUCACAUCCGGUAUCAUGGAGAUCGUUCCGCUGCCACUGACCAACAUCGAACUGUAUCUGAAGUCGACCAACCCGGGCCUGGCGCUGGCCCAUGGCUGUUUUGUGGUGCCGCUGGCCUACGAUCUGAUGGCCAAAAUGGGUGACAACGAGGACACCUCCACCGAGACCCUCAAGGAGCUGACCCUGCUGGGGAAUGUCGUCUCCAUGCUCUUCCUGGGCGUGAACCAGCUGAGCAACAUGUACGGCGGCAUGGCGGCCAUCGCCUUCGCGGCCCGCUACGGCUCCGUCAUCCUUGACUACUACUGGGAGGGCCUCGGCUCCGACUUCAAUCUCCUGGCCCACUCCAUGUUCAUUGUCCUGAUGACGAUGACCCUCUCGGCCAAAUAGUUGCUCACUUUCCAAAAUAAACUACUCCAAAAGUGGCUCUUUCAAAGGUUU